CAGAUCGCUACGGUCGGUUGUAUCUAUAGAACUAAGGGAAAAAUGAAAAUGGCACCAGUUCUUCAUCCUCGCAGAAUACUUUUCUUGUGGCUCUUUCUCGCGUGGCCGAGCGGUUCAUUCACUGCUUCCCGCCAGAAGUUGCUCGUUGCCGGGCAGGACCACGACAGGCAAGAUGUUGAAACUACUAAAAAACAGUCCGAGAACAAGCGGGGCGGCCUCCUGUUCCCACCCACAUGGAACGAGACGGAGCCGCCGGUGAUGCUGGAGCAGGUCCACCGCGUGAUGCAGACCGUGAUGCCCUUGUACCGCGUCCCCAACCGGCAGUCGGAGCUGCACUGGUACCACCUGUGCGACCCGGAAAAAGUGGCUGAAUUCAAUUUGGAACUGCAACAGGACCUCGCAAAGCUGCUUUUCGAGCCGGAAAACAAGCACUUGUGGAUAUCCUGAGUAAAAACGUACCCACACCAGAGUCAGGAUGGGGAUUUUGCAGCACAAACCUAGGAGUUUUGUGAGUCACGCAUGACAAGUUGCACUCUGCAGUGUAGUGCAGGUUAGCAAGUGCAGCCGCAUCACAGAUUCAUCUGCUCAUCCUGUUCACAGCAUCACAAAUUCCAAAACACGACUGGAAAUGGCUCUCAUGGGGAUGCGCAUUACAAGUCUUCCCGUCUUUGCAAAUCUGCACUACAACUCUGGUGGGGGUACGUUUUUACUCAGGAUAGUGAACCGCGUUCGAGGAGGCGGAGCCGGCGUUCGUCGCGGGCCUGCGGGAACGAGUGAAGGGGAACAUGCUAUCAAAAGGAAAAAUCUUCCCUCCCCAUAUCGAACAGGAAAUUUGUGAUGCUAGAUUUGCGUACACAAAUCAGACUUGUCUUGCGGUAGAGGACUGCAGUUAUAUGCAAACCCUGGGAAGCAAGGCUUUGAGUUUGAAAUACAUAGGCGCCUAGCAUUACAAAUGUCCAUACUGUAGGCACAACAGCAUCACAGACCGCCCUUAUAAUUCGGCGGAGCCUGUGGAGUUGCUUUUUUGUAUGACAGAGGCGAUUUGCGGUCACAAAUCAGCAUUGCAGAUUUUCUGUGGGUUCGUUAUUGAUAUGGGGAGGAGGAUUUUUCCUUACGAUACAUGCUGAACUUCCUCGACUUCCACCCCGAAACGCUGGACAAGUUGACACGGGUCAGCUUGGGCGCGCCGGCUUCAGUUGCUAGUACUGAUCCAACCGAGCCAACGCUGUUCGAAAAGGUGUCGACUUUCCGGGCCGACCACUGCGACGCCUACGGCCCGGGCGGGGGGAUGUGCAUCAUGCAGGCGCACCGGUACAUUGAGCCGCAGUUGCGCGAUCGGCAGAAGGUGUUGCUGAAUUCAAACUGUCAAAUCUGGAAGCCCGGGCAGAAUUCCGGCAUGUUGACGCAACUAUUCCACUGUCCCUAUCAGAAGGAAAAAUUCCCCCUCCCCAUAUCGAAACGAAGUUUCUGAUGCUGGAUUUGCGUACACAAAUCAGCUGUGUCUUGCAGUGAAGGACUGCAGGCCCAUAUCACGCCUGAGUAGAGAGGGGCUGGCCUAGGCGUUUGGCAUCAGAAACGUCCAUGCUGUAGGCCCACCAGCAUCACAGACAGCCACCAUAUUGCGGCGGAGCCUCUGGAGUUGCCUUCUUGCAAGACAGACGCGAUUUGUGGCCACUGAUCCGCAUUAGAAAUUUUCUGAGACGUGCCGCUUCGAUAUGGGCAGGGGCAAUUUUUCCUUCUGAUAGUCCCAUGGGCGCGCCGAUCGCGUUCUUCAUGCUGCCAAAGUCCGGGACAAGCUCGGCGUAUCAAAUGCAAAAGUGUCUGGGUCUGGAGGAGUGCAGAUUUGUCAUGCAUAUUUUCCAUGCCCCAAUUGGUCUGGAAUGCAGGACCUAGCAUGACAGAUUCUGCGAAAUCUCUAUCAUGCCUAUCCUGCAUAAGAAACUCCCGCUCAUGUUGGUCAUAAAAGGAGAACUUUUGCUGGUGAUCACGCAACACAGAUUUUUGAGUGACCCACAGGACGCAUCACAAGCUCCAUCCUCCCAGACCCAGACACAUUUGCAUUUGAUACGGCGGUGAACUACAUUAUGGAUUUGGAACCCUACAUCAAAACCAGUCUCGCAAACGCAAUGGAUAUCCUGUGCAAAAGUAUCGUACUCGUAUAAAUGCAUGUCUUGCAUUGCAAAUCUCCAUCCCAAGGCAAAACAGCAUGACAGACCCCAUUUGUCAUGCUGAGCUAAUUUGUAUUGCAAUUACUACUAGUACGAUACUUUUGCAGUUCAUAAUGGACGCCAUGCUGCAACGGCCAAAGGUCAUGAUCGAUUGGCUCGCUACGGAGCUGGACUAGUACUUAUUCAUUUUGAUUGCUUGUAUUUGAAUUUAUAUCGUAGAGCAGCUGCUGAUGCGCCGCAGCACAACAAGCAUUCUCGAAGUACGCUGAAUGUCUCUUCCUCGAUAGAUCUCGUCGAUGUAGUUUGCUCACACUGCACUGCUGCAAUAAGCAUCUCUUGUACCUCCCAAGUGAUUGAUAGUAACAGCUUUUGAAAAGUAAAACUACGACGCCGCACCUCGACGUGACAGAUACAUCAAGAAAGCGAAGGUCAAGCCUGAAUCGUAUCUAGGACAAGUUCCACGGCCAAUCUCAUGAUGAGCAAAGAGUUUUUCUAACCCAUGUCUUCCGACUGCUGAAGAUGGGGAAACAAACUUGUCUGCGUGUGCCCUGAUGUACUAGCUUAAUAGCACCUUUAUUAUUUCCAACGGCACGGAAUUUGAAUUUCUAUUUCUAUUUCAGCAUGAUAUUGUGAAUGAUUGUGAUCUUCACGUUCUCUAUGAUGAGCAAAGAGUUUUAUUCUAACCCAUGUCUUCCGACACCAGUCGAACUGUCAUGGGGAAACAAACUUGUCUGCGUGUGCCCUGAUUGGAUCUUCUUAGCAUGCGAGGACAUAUUCUCCCUUGUCAACAUAACUACUGCCGAUCUAUUCUUGAUGAUGACGAUGAGCAAAGAGUUUUUCUAACCCAUGUCUUCUGACUGCUGAAGGUGGGGAAACAAACUUGUCUGCGUGUGCCCUGAAGAUAUCAUCAAACAAUUGACUACGUCCACCUCUACUUAUAAUUUUUACUUUCGCAUGGAUGAGGAAUCUUGACCUGUUUUCGGCGCUGCUGCAACAAGAACAAGUGCACAACACAGAUCAAUAAAGAUGAACAUGGUCUAGAUCAAGUAAAAUUAUCGCAAAUAAUUAAACAUCAGCUGGGGCCACAUGGACAAGAACGAGGUGGUGCAAGACCUGUCGCAGCGGUUGAUGCACCGGUUUCCGCCCGACUCCUACACGCAGCAGCACUGGACGUGGAUGCGGUUUCUUCCGCCGGCAAAUCUGUGCCCGAACUGCUGCCUGAGCCAGAAGUGGCGAAAGAAGGUGGUGCUGGCGCGAAACCCCUUCGUCCGCAUGGCCUCCAUGUACCAGUUCGCGUGGCUUCCCACGCAGCGGCAUCCAAACGAGCCGCCGAAGGAGGCGGAAAGGACGGACGAAGACAGCGCGGAUAACACGAGUGCGCCGCCAACGAACGGGGGCGGCGGAAAACGGGCGGGGCCGUAUAAAGACUGGAAGGACUUCGGGAAGUGGCUGAGCCGAAUGCUGUACCUACGGUCGCAGUGGCGAGAGUUGAACGGAAUCGGGUUCACGAAGGACAUCAGCGACAACUUCGCGGACAAACAAAACCCGAAAAUGUGCGUGAACAAGUCGACCCCAGAAAUGAUCCAGAAGGCGAAAGACGCAGGCUACACAAUCUCGCGAGAGCUGACCGACGAGAGGACCUCCCACGUGUCAACAUCCGUACAAGAUGAUCCUGGUGAGGGGGGUACAGCUUCUCCUACUGAACAAGAGGAAGACCACAGCGAUAGUACAGACAAGGGGUUCUGCGUCCACCUGGAGUCGGAAGUGGAUGUCAGCGACAUCUUUCACAUGCGGCCUUUUCUCGACAUGCUCAACGACGAGGUCUUUCUACAAAUAAACGGGCCAGUGCAGGACUUGGACGAUUUUUUUGUCCUGCAUCUGGAGACAAUAGGGCCAGACUUGGAAGAGCUUUACGCGCUUCUGUGCGAAGAGUACAAUUAUUGCCACCCGGCACCGAAGAAGUUUCCAAAAGUCCUCCCCUCAAGCAACACGGAGCGACCGAUCUGCUCCUUCGACGCGAAAAAAGUGCAGUACCGGAACUGCGAAACCACGUGGGAAGCCUUGUGGACGGAAGAGACCAUAGGACUGGUCCGGGAACACUUUGCCUUCGAUCUAGAGUUCUUUGGCUACUCAGAUUCCCCCGACUACGUUAUGCCGCUCAAGUGGCUGUAGAGGAGAUUUAACCAGUUCGCAAGUGGAGGCAGAAGUACCUACCAUAUUGCAAAACUUCUUUCCGCUCGCGCAGCGCAGGUUCGCAGACGAUAAGCAUUCCCAGGUGAGCAGACAAGAAGAUGCGCCUAGGAUUGCACUCAGAAAGAGUAGCAGCUUCCGUUGUUCGCUGCAGCUAGACGACGAAGUUUUUUUUUCGUGAGCGCAAUGAUUCAAUCAUUUUCGUGUAGGUGUAGAUCGCAAGCAUGUUCGUUCCUUUAUUCGUC